UGACUUGACGCGCCGUGCGUCGUGCGUAAUUGCGUCGCCGGCCGAGAGGAGGCUCUUUGCGCAUCGCACUUGGAGAGCCGCUACCGCCGCUGCCGCUGCUGCUGCUGCUGCUGCCAGAGGAACCGGCUGUCUUGUCCUGAUACAGAGACACUCACAUCCGACCGUUCAUCGUCCUGCUCUGUGGGAGUCGUCCCGCAUCCAAAGGUCUCGCUUGUAGAGACUGCUCACCGGCUUCACGAUGAUCAAGAACGGUCACCACAGCCACCAAGUGAACACAUCAGCCGGCACAGACGCAGGCACGACCCCCGGCGCUGCAGCGUGCAGCCCCGAGAAAAGGAGGCGAAGAAUCCGGGUGUGGUGCGACGGCUGCUAUGACAUGGUGCAUUAUGGCCACUCCAAUCAGCUGCGGCAGGCUAAGGCCAUGGGAGAUUAUCUCAUUGUCGGAGUGCACACAGACAGUGAGAUUGCAAAGCACAAGGGUCCACCAGUCUUCACACAGGCGGAGAGAUACAAGAUGGUGCGGGCCAUAAAAUGGGUGGAUGAGGUGGUGGAAGGAGCGCCUUAUGUCACCACUCUCCAGACUCUGGACAAGUACAACUGUGACUUCUGUGUGCACGGAGACGACAUAACACUAACGGUGGAUGGUAAGGACACAUAUGAAGAGGUGAAGAAGUCAGGGCGAUACAGGGAGUGUAAGAGAACCCAGGGAGUUUCAACCACAGAUCUGGUUGGCAGGAUGCUGCUGAUGACCAAAGCACACCACAGCAAUAUUGAUAGCUCCGACUAUCAGCAGCACACAGACAACUUUGGAAAGGGGUCGCAUGGUCAGAAGGGCCACAGUCCGUGGACGGGCGUGUCCCAGUUCCUUCAGACUUCACAGAAGAUCAUCGAGUUUGCUUCAGGCCAGGAGCCUCAACCUGGAGACACCAUCAUCUAUGUGGCAGGAGCCUUUGACCUCUUCCACAUCGGCCAUGUAGACUUCCUGGAAGCCGUUCAUAAACUCGCUCAAAAGCCUUACAUUAUUGUAGGGUUGCAUUUUGAUCAGGAGGUGAAUCGAUACAAAGGGAAAAACUACCCCAUCAUGAAUGUCCACGAAAGAACGCUGAGCGUUCUGGCCUGUCGAUACGUGUCAGAGGUGGUGAUCGGGGCACCCUUUGCAGUCACAAAGGAUUUGCUAGAUCACUUCAAGGUGGAUCUUGUUUGCCAUGGGAAAACAGAAAUAUACCCAGACAAAGACGGCUCCGACCCCAAUGCGGAGCCCCGGAGGAAAGGAAUCCUGCGCACUGUUGACAGUGGGAACAGCCUCACCACUGAUGCCAUCGUGCAGAGGAUAAUCAAAAACAGGUUGUUGUUUGAAGCAAGAAACCAGAAGAAGGAGGCCAAAGAAAUCGCUGUGAUCCAGGCCAUGAAGCGGAAAGAGGAAGAAAAGACUAAAGAGCGAUCCCAGGCUGUGCUGUAGGAAAGACCCCAAAAUGCACCGAUCAACCAAGUGUCAUUACAACGCUGACAAACUCAAAAUUGAAACAAAUCUCAUGUACAGUCAAAAUCAACCUUUUUUAUAACAAUGACAUUGACACCCUCCAUACAAACGGCAUCCUGUUUAUGGCCAGAUUGGCAUAGUCAGCUGUGGGAUUAUCAGGUAUAUCAUGUGUGAGUGUGUGAGUGUGUGUGCAUGGAGGGGAGUCCUCUGUGUAUUAAUAUAUUCUGCAUAUGCAAAUACCUGUGGAGAAAUAAUGCAAGAAAUCAGACGAAUGUGUGCGUUCUGUCAGAGCAGGGAAGUCACCACCAUUCUGUGACUGGAUAUUUGUGUACUUUUAUUUUAUUUUUUUAUUUGAAAGAAAAAAAAAAAAAAGGUUAUUCAAUUUCUAAAUAUUAUAUAUUAUGGGAUUUAGGCAUAUAUAAGGAGAACAUGCUGGAAUCUGUAGUGCUGGACAGGCACUGAACUAUAGCAAAGACAGAACUGAAUCUGUCUGCCCAACUGGGUGUAGCCCUACCACUGAUUUAUCUUUGUAUAUAGUGUAUGUAUGUAUAAUGAAGUGACUUCAGGCUGUGUGGAGGAUGGUAAAAACCACUAUAGCAUUAGGGGGGACAAUCCCCACUUUUAUCCAACCAAGAAGGUAUCGAAAUGUUUUGAUAUACUCUUUUGGGACCUCAUGUACUGUAUAUACCUGAUGAUACUCCAGACCCGUCAGAAAUCUUCUGGUUUUGUAGUAACGGCAGGUUUUUAACGACGAAAAUGCACACUGUAAAAACCCGCACGCCUGACAUUUUGAGUGCAUUUGUUUUCAAAGUAACACUCCUCUGACUGGUUUUAAUCUUUAGUUUUCAUAGUGUGACGAAAGACGCUCAGUAUUGACUUGACUAUAAAAAAAAUAGACCUCGUACUGUCUUUUCUGAGCCCCGAACAAUUUAUCAUGUCUGUGGGAUCAAAAUAAUAUAUAUUUUUUGUAGAUGUAUAUUUUACUCACCUCUUCUCCAUUAACAACUGUAUAGAUUCAUAUUGUGUAUAAAAAAAGAAGCUAAAUAAUAUAUCUGUAUGUCAAGUUGGAAUGCAUUCAGUAUCGGCUAUAAUCUGUACGUUAUUGACAAAUACUGCAGUGGCUGAUGGGACUGCAGUAUGUUAUUGUGGACAAUAAUAACAGUUUUAUUCUGAAA